AUGUCGAGAACUCACCAUGAAGUAGCUGUUGAUCCAGUGACCAUUGUGAUCAAAGAGUGUAUCACGCUCUCGACUGCAAUGCGCAAGUACUCUAAAUACACGUCGCAGACUGGUGUAGCGGCGCUCUUGAGUGGCGGAAGUGAGAUUUUCAGCAACCAAGAUGACUCGCUGGCCGACACCUUCAAUAAUUUGUCCACCACCAAGAACAAAGACCCACUACUGUCUGGAUUUGUGCAGCUGAGACUAAUGCUUAACAAUCUUAGCUCCCUAGACUACAUUGACUCGCUGACGCUCUUGCAACCUUUUUUGCUCGUGAUUAGCACACCUACCAUUUCGGGUUACAUCACAUCUCUAGCGUUGGACUCAUUGCAAAAAUUUAUUACGUUUAACAUCGUGUCAGACUUAUCCUCAAACCAUACUAUCGCGUAUCGGGAAGCCGUCAAUGCUCUGACGCAUUGUCGAUUCGAAGGCUCUGAGCAGACCAGUGAUGAUUCGGUGCUAUUAAAAGUGCUCAUAUUACUUGAAACUGUUGUGAAAUCUAAGCAUUCCGAUAUUUUGUCCGACUCCAUAAUGUACGAGGUCUUGCAAACCGUGAUGUCGUUGGCUUGUAACAAGAAACGGACUGAGGUACUUAGAAAGGCUGCCGAGAUGUCUAUGAUGUCAAUCACUGUCAAAAUUUUCGCUAAGUUACGUCAGGUAGAGGCCAACGACUCUCAGAAAUACAUCAACGACGAGGAUUUCUCCAAGAACCUGCUGAAAGAUGAUACAAUCGGUACUGCGGUGGACGGGAGUUCGGUCGAUGACGACGCAAAAGAUGAAUUGUCCUCGACGGGAAAUAUUGAAGCACCACAACGUUUGGGGAACAAAUCACAACUUUAUGAGGAAAAUUAUGGUCUCCCAGUUAUCAAAGACUAUCUUGGCAUUCUGGUCUCGCUGAUAAUGCCGGAAAAUCAAUAUAAACAUAAUAACUCAACGAAAGUUUUCGGUCUCAAUCUUUUGAACAUGGCCGUGGAAGUUUCUGGAAAUUUGUUCCCCCAUCACCCUCGUCUCUUUAAUCUGAUCUCGGACCCAAUUUUCAAAAAUGUACUAUUCAUCAUUCAAAACACUGAUAAGUUAUCAUUACUACAGUCAGCAUUACAUCUAUUCACCACCAUGGUAAUAAUCAUGGGGGCCAACUUGCAAAGGCAAGUUGAGUUGACGUUCAGAAGUAUUUUCGAUACUUUAGAAAGCGAUAAAAGCAAUAACUCCAGGGCUCGGUCUUCGGCAACCAAAGAACUUAUUAUCGAGCAAAUUUCUAUCCUAUGGACAAGAAGCCCUUCAUUUUUCACAGUCUUAUUCAAAAAUUACGACUGCAAUUUGAAUCGGUCUGAUCUUUCAGCAAUGGUUCUGAACUCGCUAACUAAGUUGGCGCUGCCAGAGUCAGCCCUUAUAACAGCUGAUAGUGUUCCACCUAUAUGUUUAGAGGGUCUCAUUUCCCUUAUUGACAAUAUGCACAACCGCAUUGACGGUGAAGAUAGUUUUGUCUCCACACAAAGUUCUGCAACUCAAGCUCUGGAGGAACGUGCGAAGAAAACUGAAUUUAUAAAAUGCACCGAUGCGUUUAAUACAAAACCAAAGAAAGGAAUCACUCUUUUAAUUGAAAACAAAUUUGUAAACUCUGAUUCAGAAGAUCAUAUUGCGAAAUUUCUUUUUGAGAAGAAUGGGAGACUUAACAAAAAGGCAAUCGGGGAGUAUUUAGCUAGUCCGGAUAAUGCCUCCUUGUUGAAAAAAUUUGUGGAGCUUUUUGACUUCAAGGGUUUGCGUAUUGAUGAGGCUAUAAGAAUUAUGCUCACGAAAUUUAGAUUGCCAGGUGAAUCUCAGCAAAUUGAGCGUGUUGUAGAAACUUUUUCUGCUACAUAUGUUGAAAGUCAGGAAUACGAUCCCAAGAGAGCAGGGUUGGAUAUUGAGAAUGAUUAUAGUACAGUACAACCAGAUGCCGACUCCGUUUUCAUUCUAAGUUUUUCGGUAAUCAUGCUCAACACAGACCUACACAAUCCUCAAGUUAAGAAGCAUAUGACUUUUGAUGACUAUACUUACAACCUGAAAGGUUGUAAUGACCAAAAAGAUUUUCCUAUGUGGUACCUUGACAGAAUUUUCUGUUCCAUUCGAGACAAAGAAAUUGUAAUGCCAGAAGAACACCAUGGGACCGAAAGGUGGUUUGACGAUGCUUGGAACAACUUAGUGUCUUCCACCACUGUUGUGACGCAGACAAAUCAGGAUUCUGACGACAAAGUAGCCAUUUUGGACAAGAAAAGUUUGUUGCAAUUCGACAAAGCCAUUUAUGAGAUUGUUGGCCCUUCCGUUGUUCAAACCCUGUUCAAGAUUUUUGAAGUUGCUUCUGAUGACCAUAUCAGCACGCGGAUGCUUACUAGUAUCGAUAAAUGCUCUCAUAUCGCGUCCUUUUUUGGGCAACAUGAAUUGUUCAAUGUGAUUCUUGAGAGGAUCGCGAGAUCAACUCUAUUAACAAAACAAUCUGAGCAUGCUGCAAAUCCUCAGGAACCAGACGAGAUACCCGUUGUCCAAAUCAAUCUUGAAGACUCGAAAGAGGCUCUUACUGUGAGUAGCUUGUCGGUGAGAUUUGGUAAAAGUUUCAAAAGCCAGUUAUGCAACGUUGUAUUGUUUAGACUUUUGCAAAAAAACAGUGCUCCCGACAUUAUAAAUGAGAGCGUUUGGUGCCUCAUUGUCGAGAUUCUCCUGAAUUUGUUUGAGAAUUCCAUGAUUGUACCUGAUGUGUUUCCAGACCUCCAGAAAACAUUGAAAAUAGGGAGAUUACCUCGGCCUGCUCCAGAAUACUCAAUCAACAAAUCUAGAGUAAACAAAGGUUUACUUUCCACAUUUGCAUCGUACCUAAAAGGUGAUGAAGAGCCUACAGACGAGGAGUUGAAUUUCUCGAUAAGCGCUAUGGAGUGUAUUAGGUCUAGCCGAGUCACAUCUUCAAUUUUCGGAAAUGAAAAUAAUGUUAUGGGAAAACUUGUUUCUUUAUUGAUGAACUACGUGCCUACUACGAGAACACCCGAAAAUACCAGAUUUUUUGAAGCUGAAAUUCUAUUCAUCAUGGAACUGGGUCUGGCGUCUUAUUUGUUCUGUAAGGACAACAAAGAUAUUGGAAGAGCAGUCUUAGUGAAAUUAGUCGAUAUCACUACACUUGAGAAUGUUUCAAAGUCCUUCAAGCGUCGUGUUUCAGCUUACAAAUUGUUGCUUGUCUCGGUUUUGGAAGAUCCCCAGGCGAUUACGAAACUGAUAAAUGAAGACUUGCUCGUUGAGAAUGAAGUUUACAAUACCGAGUUUCUUUCGAGUGAGCAAGGCUCAGAAUUACUUCGAAUGAUAUUAUCGUUGACUGAUAUUGAAAACUAUAGCUCUGUAUUGCUUCGGGACAAUGGAUUCUGGAAAAUUCUGCGAUCGUUUGCUGCCGCUAAGGGACAUACAUUUACUGUCUUCGAAUAUUUGGACAAUUCCAUCUUGAAAAAGGAGUAUACAAUAUCUGGCGCUAAUUUUCUAUCCAUACUUGGGCUCUUGGAUGAAAUUUCUAGCAUAGGCUCUAUAAGUGGGGAGUGGGAGGAGAAAUACGAGAAAUUGAAGACCAGAGGACAGGCAGCUGAGGUGGAAAAUCCACAUCAAGAGGCUGUUGAUUUGUCAUUAAAAUCAAUAAAUGCCACGUCUCAUUUGAUAGAAUUGAAAAGGCGCGAUCCUUUUAGCAAGGCUGAACUUAUUGGACUAUUACAGGCUCUGGCUCAUCAAUGCUUCAACCCAUGUUAUCAAUUGAGAAAUUAUGCUGUGAGCUCGUUGGAUUCAAUGCUUCUUAACCAUCAUGAUAUAUUUGCAAACGUUCUCUCAGUCUCUGAAGUCAUAGAAAAUGGUCUCUUGAUUAUUAUGGAGGGUGAAACUAAGCAUACAGCCAUUCCGGAAAUUAUGACUCUUUUUUCGAAAGUUUACACCCGUUACUUGGAUGCUGGGAAAGCUGAUAACGAGACCUUCUUGAAAAUUCUUAACGUUUUCAACAAAUAUGUGGAGAAUCCAGUAGUUGAGAAAACGUUGCAAGACCUACUAGAGGAGAAGAAAAAAUUUGAGAAGCUACCAAUUUUAUCAAAUGAAGACAGUGAGCAAACGUCAGAUGAUGUGGCCAAGACCUCUCAAAAUGAGAAGUAG